AUGGGCGGCAGGGCGGGAGGGUGGCUGUUGGUGGGUGUUGAGGGACGAGCUGUACUCGGCCAACUUGGUUACUGCUUUCUCAGUCUCUCGCUCUCUCGAUCUCUCGUUCUCUCGUUCUCUCCUGCCAAUGCAGACACGCUCUCUUGCUGUCUCCGCCUGAUCCUACUUAUUCGUGGCCAGCCGCUGCGCCAUGACAUUCGUUGUGCCGGUGAAUCUGUGCUUCUGCCCUCUUGUCUGUCUCUGUCCUCGUCUCGAAGUGUCUGUUUCUGUUGCUCACUCUCUUGCAUGUUCACAUGUGAUCCGCCCAUGCACGCCCGUGUUUUCUGUGUCUGCCUGCCUGUGUCUGUUUGUUGGGUUUCAGCUGAGGCGUCGGCUCGUCACUUCGUCUGUCUGUUGCGGAUCGAUUUCUCCAAGGCCGUUCCCAUUCUCUUGGCCCAUGAGUCUCCCCGCCCUCCUCCCCUUUUCCAGCUAGUCCUGUCUCUCCCGGUCUCAAGUGCCGCCUCGCCGUCGCCGUCGCCGUCGCCCUUGGUACUCACACCACGGCUGCACCUCUUUUCAGCGUGUCCCCUCACCUCGCCCUGCCUACAUGCUUACAAUCGUACAGGCGCACAGACGUACAGGCCCGUCUGUGUUGCACUGCCUCAUCUGCAUGCUUGCCAGUCGGCCAGGCCGGUGCCGAAGGCCGCGCUCCUAAUCCUCCUGGCUCAGUCGGCGGUUACCAGCGGACCGAGGCUUUGGCGCCCAACGGAUCAGCUCAACGACGAUCGACGGGAUGCCCGCGGCUCGGCCUCGUCCACUCUCCGGAAAGUUGUGUUUCCGCGUGUCCUGUUGUCACCUCCCCAACCGCCUCAGUUGCUUUUGAGUUUACUGCUUCGCUGUCCGUUUAAAGCCCAGUCGACGUGUCCGCGUGUGUCUGCGUGUCCGCGUGUCCGCUUGUCCGCUUGCUUGUGUGCCAGACGAUUAUGGGCUCUGGUCGACUGGCAACUUUUGAGGUUUCUGGCACCUUUUCGCGGCCCCCUUGUUGCCUCGUCUCCAGCCGGCGUCUGA